AUGGAGGCAAGCCUGGGCCUUCGAACUUGGGCGCUGUUCGCGGUGCUCAUCCUGCUCGCCGCCAGAGUCACUCACACCUCCACGGGCCGCCGGCUGCUCCAAGCAGGCCCCCAGAGGACCCUCCUGUCCGGGACAGUGAUCAUUAUGGAUGUGGAGUAUGCUGGGAGGAGCUCUCGCACGAUCGUGGCGCUGUGCAGAGACAGCGGGCACCGGGUGCAGCUGCGCCUGCGCUCGGAGAAGAUGCUGGCCGGGCUGCACACGGGGAUGAGGGUGGAGGCCACCGGCAUUUGGGUGGCGGGCCAUGCCCUUGACAUGGGCGCGGCGCGCAGCCAAGGCGAGCCUCCCGUCCUCCGAGCCGACGCCAUCCGCGACCCGUCGAGACGCAAUUCGUGGAACCCCGGCAGAGGAGUGGGAGCAGGAGCUGCUGGGGCAGGGGCACAGGCGCCUGCUGGCCCCAUCGUCGCCGUGAUGAACCAGCUGGCCGUGGGCAACAUGCGGGUCCUCUUCAUCCCAAUCGUGCACCAGUCCUCGAGCGGCGUCUACUGCCCCGGCACCUCCAAGAACCCGCUGACCAGCGCGGAGCUGAGGGAUGUGGUCUUCUCAGACACCGGCUCCUCAGUCAGCAAACACUUCAACGAGUGCUCGUUCAGCAAGACCGUCUUGACAAAUGACAGCAGCAUCGCGCCGCCUAGCGUCGUCGUUAACGUUGUGCCCAUCCCUUGCAACGGCACUUCGUGGGAUGUCAAGUGGACGGUCAAUACCUGCGAGUUUGAGGAUUUCAACGGCUACGCGGAUGCCGCCGACCAAGAGCUGACCAGGCGCGGCGUCAACCUGGGCGCCUACCCUUUCAAAGUCUACUUCCUGCCCCCCAACGCCUGCGCCUGGGUGGGCCUGGGAUACAUCGGCUGCGACGGCUCCUACGACUGCCGAGCCUGGGUUUCCGGAAGCCACUGGGGCAACCCGCAGGCCAUUUCUCACGAGCUGGGCCACAACUUGUUCAUGCAGCACGCUAGUUUCCUCAGCAGCAACGGGGCCUUUGAUGAGUACGGCGACGGCACCUGCCAGAUGGGCACGUGCUGCGAGAACCGCUGCCUCAACACGCCCCACGCGUGGCAGAUGGGCUGGCUCAAUGUGCGCCACCUGAACGGCACCAGCCUGCCGGCAGCAGCCACGUACAACACCAGCAUGGGGGUGCAGGCGGUGUCCCCCAACCUGUCUGGCAUCCGCAUCGUGCCCACCUGGGCCCCCGGCGUGGACCCCAUUUUUGUGGGCUUCCGCUGGGCCGUGCGAGGGGACGAGUUCCUGCCGCCAUCUCUGACCAGGCGGAUACACAUCUACACCUCCAAAAUCAGCCACUACCGCGACGCCCAGCCCACUGUGUUGAGAGCGUCCCUGAGAGUGGAUGAGUCGUGGACGUUUGUAGCCGCCAACCUGGUGGUGCGGAGAUCCAGCAGCACCUCCCCCGCCCUUGCCGUCGUGCAAAUCUGCCGUCGAGGCGGCCUGUACGAGACCGCCGCCAGCUGCGCUGCUGCCGUCGACAACAACUGCGACGGCCUGGCCGGCUACGAGGACCCGCUGUGCAUGGGCUUCCUGCCCCCACUACCCACCUGA